UUCGACUUUCAAUAACGCCUUUGUGCAAACAUCGCGAGGAAUAAUUGCGAUUACGUCUCCUCCAGAAUGCCGCUAUGCCAGUCGUGUGCCAGCUUCGACCUAUACAGCCUCUGGCGAAGACCAUCGGGAUCCGUCUGCCUCCGAUUGAGUGACCUGCUGAACGCACGCAGCCAUUGCGAUUUCUGCUCGCUAUUAUGUGACCACUUCGCGUCCCAGAUUGCCAGCCUGACGCAGAACUCUCAGUGUCGAAUCUGGCUGUCACUUCGCAAUACUGCAGACUCGAUGGGCGAUGGAUCGAGGUAUGAGUUUAGUCGUCUUACGGCAACAUUCACAAAGGAGGAAUUUGGGGGUUAUCCGGUGCAGUUGUGCCUCGUUGCAAGUCAAGGUAGUCCCGCUGCGAAGAGUGGUCACUUUGUCGGCCGGUAUUUAGGCAGCGAUCCCAAGUCUCCCCAUCACUUCGCAGCUAUUAGGACAUGGUUAGAUGGUUGUCUCAAUCAUCCUGCGUGUGAGAUUCAUCUUUCGGGAUCAAGAUCUAUUGAUCCCAGAAACUCGCCAUUGCCAACACGAUGCGUGGAGCUCAUUGAAGGCAGGACUUUUCAGUUAUCCGAGACCGGCAACAAAGUUGGCUCCUAUAUCACCCUAACCCAUCGCUGGAACGAGGAGACGCCAGCUGCGAGUACCACUAUGUCCAAUUUGGAAGAAAGACGCAUUGGACGGGGCUGGGAGACGCUCACCAAAACCUUCCUCGAUACCAUCGAGGUCGCCCGGCGGAUGCGCAUCCAAUACGUCUGGAUCGACUCCAUCUGCAUCGUUCAGAGUGGUGAUGAUCAGAAGGACUGGAAUUUAGAAGCCUCUAAGAUGGCCGUGUACUACCGGAACUCGUUGAUGACUGUCGCUGCGGUUGAUGCUUCCAAAGAAGAUGGCUUUCUGUUAGCCCGAGCAAAGGACGCGAUGUUCAAACGCCUGGUACGUCUGCCAUACUUUGAUGUGGCUAGCGUGCCAAAGGGACACAUAUUCGUGUAUAUACCUGAGUUUGAUGCUAGCAAAAGCCAUUAUGAUACUUACAAUCGAGGUCUUCUCACCCGAGGUUGGGUGUUUCAAGAGUGGCUCCUCAGUCGACGCAUUCUAUAUUUCGCCAAAAACCAACUAGUUUUUGAGUGCCAGAGCCGUCGGCCAAAAAACGAGAAUAACGAGGUGCUAUUCGCCGAGGAGUCUUCAGGCUUCAGCACGUACCAGUCGGUCUUGAAAAUGAAAUAUGCUAUCAGAGAGGAAAGCCAGAAAGGUGUUGUCCCCGAUAGGUUUUCGACUUGGUACACCAUUGUCGAGAAGUACUCCCAGCAGACACUCACGUUCCCAGAGAAGGACUACGUGGUGGCGAUUUCUGGACUCGCUCAGGAAUUUCGGAACACGCUGGCCUCAGCCAACGAAAGAGUCUCAGCUAAUGUGUCACUGGAAUAUGUGUCGGGGUUAUGGCUUGAGGAUAUCCAUUAUGGUCUGCUCUGGCACCUGAAAGAUCGAGUAGCUGCGGAAGACGCCAAAGCUCAAGUUUCUACUGCGUCGUCGUGGUCCUGGUGUUCACUCUUACUCCCUAUAUUCUGGCUGCCUAGGCGAGCCCGCACAAGAAACGAAAUGCAAGUAAUCGGCCUCAAAACAACCGAAGGACACAUGCUGUCCGUAGAUGGGAACUCGCCCGUACGUGGAGUACAAUACUUACGGGAGCUUGCACCGCAGCAAGAUAAUUCAGGAGAGAGCGACACCGAGGAUAUGGGGUGGUCUAGGCUGGCGCCAGGGUCAUUGCUGGUUAGAGGGCGUCUAACUCCUGUUUACAUCGGGACAAAUCUUUCCACAAAGGAUCUUCGACUCGUAGCGAAUGUGCCAGGACACAGCUUCCACACCGUGCCCGCUGACUCGUCAAAAGCUUGGCGAAUCGUCGUUUCGCCGCAGGAGACUGGAAUCAUUGCAGGAUAUGGCUCGUUCGAGAGACCGCAAAUUCAGAAACAGCUCUGCCGUUAUGAGACGACUGUGGUUUUAGCUCUCCAUAUCUCAUCGACUGAUGGCGUUGGUCUUGUCACGGCGGUUCUGGCUCGAGUCCUUGGUUUGGAAAUUCCUGUCGUAUAUAAUGUUCUUUUUCUUGAGCCUCAGGGUAGAGGCAAGUAUUCGAGACUAGGAGUCGGUUCUAUCUUUGAUACUAGACUGCAAGGUAUCCUGAAGGCGGCAGGGGAAGAGGUAAUUGAGUUGGUAUGAUAUAUAAAGAAGAAUGGUAUUCGGAUUUUGUGUUCAGAAGUCAGAUCCAACGUCUCUCGACUAUAGUCCAAUAAGUACUCUACAAAUAUAUAUACUUCUAAAC